GUGACCUUUUUCUUUAUUUUUCUCUCUUUUUUCUUUGCAGGUAUUUGGUAUUUGGGAAUUUUUGUUUUGCGGUCUGAUGGGGGUUUGACUCAAAACGUUCAAUUUCCCCCCAAAUUUUUAACAUUUUGGUGGGAAAAAAAUUUGGACUUGGAGGGCUUCUCAUGACGGCGUCAAGAUUCAAAUUCCUCCGUCGACGUGGUUCGAUCCGAAUGGGUAAUCUCUCCUUCCUUAAGAGAGAUCGGGCCAUCUAGGGUUCAAGGAUACAGGAGAAAUUAGCAGGAUCAUGUGUUUUCAAGCAUUGAAGAAUUGUUUGUUUCAGUUAGUAGAAGGGUAGAUCGUGUUGUUGGUGGUCUUGAGUGAAGUAUUAAUACACGGCAAGACCAUUUAUGUGAAGAUAAAACUCAGCUAAUGGAAUGCAAUAGGGAUGAGGCCCUCAGGGCAAAAGAAAUUGCUGAAAGAAAGUUCAAUGCAAAGGACAUUGCGGGUGCUAAAAAAUUUGCUUUGAAGGCCCAAAAUCUCUUUCCGUCGCUUGAAGGUAUCACCCAGAUGAUAGCAACUUUGGAUGUUUAUCUUGCAUCAGAAAUGAAACUAAAUGGAGAGAGUGAUUGGUAUGCAAUUCUGUGUUUGGAUGCUUCAGCUGAUGAAGAGACCAUGAAGAAACAGUACAGGAAGCUAGCUCUCCAGCUUCACCCUGAUAAAAACAAAUCAAUAGGUUCCGAAGGUGCUUUCAAGCUUAUUUCUGAGGCAUGGAGUGUUUUGUCUGAUAAAAAAAGGAAAAUGAUGUAUGACCAGAAGAGGAACAUAAAAGGUUUCCAACAGAAAGUUUCUGAACCAAAUAGAGAUCAUUCUGUUCCUAAUUCUUCCAAUGGUUUCUACAGUUUUGCCAACAACACAAAAUCCAGUAGAAGAGCUCGUAAGAGCACCAAUGGUGUUGCUCAAUCUGCUGCUCCUCCUCCAUCUUGUCCGUCGAAACUUGAUACAUUCUGGACCUCAUGCAACCGAUGCAGGAUGCAGUAUGAAUACCUCAGAGUAUACCUUAAUCACAACCUUCUAUGCCCCAACUGCCAUCAAGCCUUCUUGGCUGUUGAGACUGGGGUUCCUACUAAUGCACCUAAUUCCUCUAUUUCUUGGUCAACUAAGCGGCACCAGCAGAACUCAAAUCAUAAUUCUUCGAUGAAGAAUACUUAUGGUCAUGGGAAUAACUCCACCUUUCCAGGAACAGCGCACCCAGGAUUCCAUCAUGGAGGAAAUGUUGACUCCUAUAGCAACACAAACUUCCAAUGGGGUUCAUAUACUAGUUCAGCUGGUGUUGCUUGCUCAAAAGAGUCGGCUGCUCAGGCUGCAGAUAUGAUUCAUCAGUCAUAUGAGAGAAUAAAAAGAAAAUAUGACGAAACACAAGCACCAGUUAGAAGGGAAGAGGCUCCUCAGAGUAAGGGUUAUGUCUCAAAUAAAACUUUUAAUGGUCCUGUAAGUUAUGAUGCUAGUGCAAGUGGCAAUGCAUAUGAACAGGAACGACCUGCUUCUAAGGUUGGCAGACCUGCAAAGAGAAGAAGAAACAAUAGUGGCGACGCUGGUCAUGGCAGAGAUGGGACAGAACAAAUGGUGACAGAGACUGGAAAAACUGUUGCUUCUGAAUUGGAAGGGGCUAAUGGUGUUUCUGGGGAUUAUGGUAAGACUAGGGUGACCGCCAGGCAGAACAAUUUUAGCAGGGAGUAUGCUCAAGUUGACAUUAGGAAUAUUCUGAUGGAGAAGGCUAAAUCGGCAGUCCAUAAGAAGUUGGAAGAAUGGAAUUUGGAUGCAGCAGCCAAAGUGGCAGAGAAGCAAGCAACAAAGCAGAAACAAUAUCAAAAUGAUGAGGAUAAUGAAAAUGCAGCAGAUAGGGUUGAUGGGGUUGCUGCUGAUAAGACCCAGUCAAAUGACUCCAGAAUUGGCAAAAGACAAAUUCCUGGUAUCAACAAGGAUUCCCCCAAUGACCGUAAUGUAGAUUCAGGUAAGGAAACUACUCAACCUAUAUCAAUUGAUGUUCCUGACCCUGAUUUCAAUGAUUUUGACAAGGAUCGUACAGAAAGCUCUUUUGAUGCUGAUCAAGUAUGGGCUACUUAUGAUAAUGAAGAUGGUAUGCCUCGUCUAUAUGCCCUGGUCCAAAAAGUCAUCUCACUAAAGCCUUUUAAGAUCCGCAUGAGCUUUCUCAACUCAAAGUCCAAUAGUGAAUUGGGUCCAUUAAACUGGGUCGCCUCUGGUUUUUCCAAGACAUGUGGAGAUUUCAGGGUGGGAAGAUAUGAAGUCAGUGAUACAGUCAAUAUAUUCUCUCAUAGAGUUAGAUGGGAGAAAGGACCUCGGGGAGUUAUUAAAAUUAUUCCUAGAAAAGGUGAUAUCUGGACACUUUACAAAAACUGGUCUCCAGACUGGAAUGAGCACACACCUGAUGAUGUUAUAUACAAGUAUGAGAUGGUGGAAGUGCUUGAUGAUUAUGAUGAGGAGCACGGUGUGUGUGUCACCCCCUUACUGAAAGUUGCUGGUUUCAAAACGGUGUUCCAUCGGCAUCUAGACCCAAAAGAGGUUAGAAUGAUCCCUAGGGAAGAGAUGUUUCGGUUUUCCCAUCAGGUUCCUUCUUAUUUGCUUACAGGUGAAGAAGCUCAUAAUGCUCCAAAAGGUUGCCGUGAACUGGACCCAGCAGCUACUCCUUUUGAACUUCUUCAAGUAAUUACAGAAGUUAAAGAUGUGGUGAUGGAGACUGCUGAACAAGAAUCUAGUUGAUUGUGGUGUCUGCAGGUGCAAAUUUCUGAUGUCAUACGUACUGAAUUAUUGUGCUUGCUUGGCUUUCUCUUAGCUUCCCUUCACUUGUCCUGUAUAUGAAGACCAAGGAGAAUUGGGUUCGGGUGAGAAAUGGAUUUACUUGUGCUUACUUUAGUGGUAAUUUGAGCUCGCCUCUAGUACCCUUACUGCUACUUCUUGAGUAAGCUCUCUCUCACUAGCCAGCAAUUCAACAUUCAUUGGACUCCUAAAAUCUAUGAUGUCAUCUUUUUUCCUUUUCGGCUGAUGGCUUGGAUUAAGAACCAGGAUGAACUUAUUGUUUCACAAUCUUUUAUGAUGGUCAUUAUUGGGCAUCUCUAACCUUAUUCUUAUCUCAAAAUGGAGAUUAUUUGGACGAGGUUCUCAGGAUUGGUUUGUGGAGACUUUAUGUUUUGAUGCCAGAGUCUUGUUGUGGUGUUAUCACCUUUCUAUGAUUGGCGAGGUGAAUGUUUUCUCAAGUACUUGUUCCAGCUACUCAAUUUGCCAACACAGAUAAGAUUCCAGAUGUAUCCCUACCUUCCAUGUUCAUUUACUUGUUAUGUAUUCUUGGAGGCAUUUGCUGCUAGUUUCCAAUAUGUUUGAACUUCAUGAUGCUGAUUAAAUGCUGAAAAUACAUUCAGACUAUGAUAAUAUCGAGUCAGUAUUCUCAGU